UUUACUCGUAGAUCUACUCGCAGUUGUGCUGCGCCUUCAACGCCUCAGUGCAGUUGCCUCGAGGAAGACUAGCCCUCUCGUUUUCACCAGGAACUCGGCGCAAGAUGGCAGAAAGUCGAGGAGGAUGUUCUUGCCCUUCCUCUUCGUUGCAGCGGUCUCCGACCCCACGAAUGCACCAGUCCUCGGCCACUCAAGCAGCCCCGAGCAACGCCAACAAGUAACGGUUGGGUGUUGACUUGGAAGCAGGCACCAGACUGUCGGUGACGAAACCAGCCAGAGCUCUACAAAAACACUUCAUCAAGUGCUCUAGCCCACGCGCGUGACUCCGAGCCGUUCACUUGUUGACGUGCAUAAUCUUUUUACAUGCCAAGCUCCACGGCUAACAAGCGGUCCUUGGCCUAGCUCAAACGAGCUCUGGUGGUACUCCGCACACAUCCCAAGAAAUAAGGUGAGCCACACAACAGCCUAACCCUGCCAGACGACCAGGGAGAGUGGCGCUCUGUUGUUCAUGGUGGCAUGUACCCUGGUAUGUUUCUGCACCGCUCCUGCUUCAGGCUACCGUGGCUUGUGCAAGCUGACGGAGCCUGCGUCCGAAAUGCAAGCGCCUCUGCCGCUCUUCGUCCGAAUUACGAGCCUCGACGCUCUUUCAAGCUGUCACUCGCCGACGACCAGCGCACUGUUCGGAGUCCAUUUCCGGACGUUGACAUCCCGUCAGGAAGCAUUUCCGCAGCGCACUAUGUGCUCGACGGCGGAAAGCGCCACGCUCGGUCGUCCGACAUUGCACUGGUGGACUGUUUGGACAGGGUGGCGCUGACGUACGGUGACCUGCGUGACAUGCACGAGGCUUUCCGCUGCUCCCUUGUCGGCCGGGGCAUACAGCGCGGCGACGUUGCGUUGUUCUAUUUGCACAACUGUCCCGAGUUCGCUGUAUGCCUGUAUGGGUGUCUGUCCGCCGGCGUGCGAGUUUCGCCAUGUAACCAUGCGUAUGGCGUGGACGAGUUAGCUUAUCAGAUACAACGAACACAGCCCAAGCUGAUAGUCACAUUUCAGGACGGUUUGGAGACGGUGUCCCAGGCACUAUGCAAGGCAUCUCUGCAUGGAGCUGAAGUAGUUUUGGCUGAUUUAGCUCCUGAAGGGAGCCCAUCUGCGCAUUGCACUAGCACUCCGCCGACUCCGCUUGCUGACUUCUUGAACGAUGGCCAAAAAUACAGCUCGCCUGAUCGUGUGCAUGACUGUAUGCGGGACACUGCUAUAUUGCCGUUUUCCAGUGGAACGACGGGUGCGCCGAAACCCAUCGCUCUCUCGCAUCACAACCUGAUCGCCAACAUUUGCCAGCAGACGGACACCCCCGGCAGAGACAUAUUCAAUCACCAUGGAUACCAUGGGGACAAUCGGCCGGAGGCCACCGUCGGCGUUAUGCCGUUUUUUCACAUCUACGGUCUGACGGUGACGCUCGGCAGCGCUCUUCUGCACGGAGGCAAGGUGGUCACCAUGGCCAAGUUUCAGCCGGACCUGUUCCUGCAGAGCUGUGCAAAGCAUCGGGUCAGUCAGCUACACUUCGUGCCACCACUGACACUGUUCAUGGCCCAGGACAGCCGUGUAAGCAACUACGACCUUUCGUCGGUCAAGUCCAUAUUCUGCGGUGCAGCGCCCAUGGGCGAAGAACUCGCACGUCAAGCAUCACAGCGGCUCAAUGGUGCGGUGGUUCGCCAAGGCUACGGCAUGACGGAGCUCAGUCCAAUCUGCAUGGCGUCACCACUGCAUGCCACAAAGUACGGCUCUGUGGGCGUGCCCGUGCCUAACACAGAAGUCCGUGUGGUGGAUAUCGAGUCGGGGAAGCUGCUCGGCGCUGGGGAGAAUGGCGAGAUUCGCAUCCACGGUCCACAGGUCAUGCAGGGCUAUGUACUGGACAACGGUGACCUAGAUCGAGGAGUGGACAGCGAUGGGUUCUUACCGACUGGAGACAUCGGUCACUACGAUGAAGAUGGAUACUUUUUCAUUGUGGAUCGGCUCAAAGAAAUCAUGAAAGUGAAAGGUUUCCAAGUUGCCCCAGCUGAGCUGGAAGCAGUACUACUACAGCACGAUGGCAUUGAGGACGUCGGUGUCACCGGCAUCGCUGACCAUCGCAGCGGGGAGGCUCCGCUGGCAUUCGUAGUACGAUCGUCCAGUCACGCAAACCUGACCGAGUCAGACGUGCAGGACUUUGUGGCCAGUCGCCUAGCCAAACACAAGCAUCUUACGGGCGGCGUGCGCUUUGUUGACAGCAUACCAAAAACCCUGAGUGGAAAGAUCCUCCGCAGAGAGCUCAAGGAGAUAGCUACAACAACCAGCAAGAAAAGUGUGCACCGUGUUCGGAUUUGAUCACGUGACGGGUUUCACUUAAAAGAAUUGUUUGAAAGUAAGGUUAAAAUUGAAGAGAAUGCAAAUUAAUAUUUUGCUGUAUGUACAUGGCAGAAAGUUCUAUAGCCCAGUUCAAAUGUUUCAAAAACGGUUACAGCGCAAUAGCUUAUUAGCUGGUUAACACCAAGAUGAUGCUAUGAAUUUCAGAACCGAAACGUACAUGCUGCUGGACACUGAUGUUGAUGAACACAACUCAUGUUUAUGAAGACAGGGAUUCAACCAACACUCAGCUUGCAGGUGUCAACCGCGUGUCGGGUUGCGUUUGAUCUUCAGUAGCUAUGUCCCGUGACGCCAAUGAUCGAGUAUGAUGAUGAUGAUGAUCUAACGAUGAUCAUCAUCAUGACGGUUGAUACGUGCAGCUACGCUCUCACUGCUGCUGUUCUUGAUAGUGGCUGCUGCUGCAUGGCUGCUGCAUGGCUGCUGCAUGGCUGCUGCAUGGCUGCUGCAUGGCUGCUUGUGUUGCUGUCAGUAAAGCUCACUCAUUAGUAACACCACCAGGGCUGACCAGCCAGUAAAGGGCCGUGUUCCCUGCAACAAUUAUAGCAAGAGUGUGCACAUUCAACAUGUUCAUCAAUCCCUGGCAAAACCCACCAUCCAUCUUUGGUCUUCUGGUUACUUUUUUGGCCUUUUGUCACCAUUAUGUUCGUACUUCUUUCGCCUCAAUUGAUUUAUGAUUGAUUACGAGUGUGCACAUUAUGAAAUUGGUUUACUUAGUUGUCAUUGACGACUAUUAUUUCUCACUUUGAAUUGCCCCGUUUUGCAUGACAAUGGAUCUAGCGGAUU